AUGAUUCGUCAGCAGCAACCUGUACUCGCUCCAGGCCAUCAAUCGCCUAAAAAGGUCAACGCUUGGAUACUGGGAAGCAGUAUUGCGUCAUUGGCAUCGGCAGUUCACUUGAUUUGUGAUGCGAAAGUGCCUGCAUCUCAGAUCCAUAUCCUAGAAUCCCACGAUAUACCUGGAGACGGCAUCAUCAGUGCUGGUGAUCCAGUGACUGGCUAUAAUUAUCGAGCUGGAUGCAUGCCGACUUAUAACGACGCUUGCAUGGAAAGGCUACUCAACUUGGUACCAUCCGCAACUAACUCUAAUGUAACAAUAUUAGAGGAGAUUAAGAAGUUCAAUGUUGAGAUGCCCUUUCAAGACUCUCCGGGCACGCACGUCCUGAUCCGAGGGGACAACAGGCUGGAGAAAAUGGAGGCUUCGAAAUUCGGCAUAGGACUCAAAGAUCGAAUGGAUUUAUUGCUGCUCAUGUUGAAAUCCGAGCAAACCCUCGGUCGAAAACGAAUCGAUGAGUUAUUUAACAGAAGGUUUUUCAACGGCACAUUCUGGAUUGUUCUAUCUACUCUAUUUAACUUUCAGCCAUGGCACUCUGCUGCCGAAUUUCGUCGAUGUCUUCGAAGGUACUCUUAUGAGUUUCGAAGCCUAAACACCAAGAAAAUACUAGAUUGUACCCGAUACAACCAAUAUGAAUCUAUCAUCGUUCCAAUCGUUCGGUUUCUUCAAAAUAAAGGGGUGGAUUUCCGAUUCCGCAUCAAAGUCACGGAUAUUGUAACCAUUUCAGACAAUGAUAUCGAAUCAGUCGCAGCAAUAAACAUAGUGCAAAAUAACUCCGAGGAGAUAAUCAAUGUCUGUACUAACGACAUUGUUAUUGUCUCUAUCGGAUCUGUUACAUCCGGCUCGUCAAGUGGCUCCAACACAGUACCGGCCCUGCCACCUUCCAUGGAAGCUGUGAAUGAGCUCGAUGAGAACUGGUCCCUGUGGCUAGACUUGGGGACGAAGAAUCCAAAAUUUGGUAAUCCAUAUAAGUUCUGCACUCACGUUAGUGAGUCCAGACUGGUGACCUUUACUGUUACACUCAACGAUGCUGCUGGCUUCUUUAACCGUUUCCUUGAAUUGACAAAUGGCAGGCCUGGUUCAGGGAGUUUAGUAUCUCUCAAGCAUAGCAACUGGAUGAUCAGCUUGUGUAUACCUCACCAACCAUUCUUUUCCAAUCAACCUAACAACAUAGACGUGUUGUGGGGCUAUGGCCUCUACCCAAGCCAAGAAGGCAACUUCGUGAAAAUGCCAAUGACUCUUUGCAAUGGUAAAGAAAUAAUGGCCGAAUUGCUAUGGCAUCUUGACUUCCCCAUGGAACCAAUCUUGAGCAACUCCAUCACAAUUCCAUGUGUGAUGCCACGCAUGGCGGCGGCACUGCUACCUCGGAAUAGUACAGAUCGCCCUGAUGUGACACCAGAAAAUGUAACAAAUCUGGCCAUAGUUGGCCAAUUUGUGGAGAUAGCAGAUGAGACUACUGUCAGCCUGGAUUACAGUGUGCGAGGGGCUCAAUUAGCAUUAAGCCGAUUGAUGGGUAUUGAGGGACCGCCAAUGAGACGAAGAGCUUUCCAUACUCCUUUCUCAUAUUUCUGGAGAUAG